ACACUGCUAAACCACGUGACCUGUGUUUACAUCCUCUUCUCAGCUGUUUCUUUCUUCCUCCACUUCGGCAGCACGGCUCUCUCCGUCACUACUUUACCUUUUCAACCCAACUAGCCACUCGUCUCCGGGGGGUUAAGUAGCCCGUCAGUCAGCCCGUGAGAGGAGGCUCAAAGUCAGCGAACGUCGCAUUGCACAUCCACGUUAACAAGGAGCGAGUUAAUGCGACACGGCAUUGUCACUUGCCGCCUGGACAUGACCGUUGUCUGAACCGACGUUUGAGGAGAGUCACAGCGGCAGCAUCCUUCAGCCAGCCGUUCAUCUCCAUGCCACUCUGAGGAGGAAUAACUCAUCCUGAGUACGAGUUCGGCCCUUGAGUUUCUCUUCUCUUUUUCACCAUGGGGGGAGCCGUGAGCGCUGGGGAGGACAAUGACGACCUCAUUGAUAAUCUGAAGGAGGCUCAGUACAUUCGCACAGAAAAAGUUGAACAUGCUUUUCGGGCCAUAGACCGCGGGGACUACUAUCUGGAUGGCUACCGGGACAGUGCCUACAAAGACUUGGCAUGGAAGCAUGGCAACAUACACCUGUCUGCUCCGUGUAUAUACUCUGAGGUGAUGGAGGCUCUCAAACUACAGCCAGGACUUUCUUUCCUCAACCUGGGCAGCGGAACCGGCUAUCUGAGCACAAUGGUUGGCCUUAUCAUUGGGCCAUUUGGUGUGAACCAUGGAGUUGAGCUCCAUAAGGACGUUGUUGAAUAUGCCAGAGAGAAACUGGAUGACUUCAUAAAGAAUAGUGACAGCUUUGAUAAGUUUGAAUUCUGUGAACCCGUCUUUGUGGUGGGGAAUUGCCUUGAAAUCUCAACAGACAGCCACCAAUACGAUCGUAUUUAUUGCGGUGCGGGAGUGCAGAAGGACCAUGAAAAUUACAUGAAAGUGCUGCUCAAAAUUGGAGGCAUUCUGGUGAUGCCUAUAGAGGAUCAGCUGACCCAGAUAACCAGGACUGGCCAGUGCACUUGGGAGAGCAAAAACAUCUUGGCGGUGUCCUUUGCCCCCUUAGUCCAGCAGAACAGAGCUGAUGGAGAGAAGCCUGACACUGUCCAGCUGCCUCCGGUGACUGUCCGCAGCCUUCAGGAUCUGUCUCGGAUCUACAUACGCCGCACCCUCAGAAAUCUUACCAACGAAGACAGUCAGGGGAAGGGGAUGGUGCAAAGAGUUCCCCAGAAGCGCAAACGCAGACGCUGCAGACGGCGACGCAUCAACACCUACGUUUUUGUAGGCAACCAGCUGAUCCCCCAAAUGGGGGAGAGCGAGGAGGAGGAGCACCCAGAGGAAGCGCACACAGAAGUGGUGGUGGAGGAGGAGGAAAAAGACAUUGGCGACAUUGAAAUCCUCAAGCAAGUGAACAUGUUGAGAGACCAAAUAAUGGCUUUACCGCUGCCUGAAUCACUGAAAGCAUAUUUGCUGUAUUACAGAGAGAAAUGACUGAUUCACACAAUACCCACUCUUCACGGGUGCAGCGCCUGCUGAAAUGCUUUUCUUCACCUUUCUCAGUGCAAAUGUAGCAUUAUUUCCAUUAAAUCUUGAUGGCAAAACUGUAACAGAAAAAGACGUCAUAGAUAUUAUUGGAUAAUAAUGUUAUGAUUGUCAUGAAUUGUUAGUUUUUGUUGACAUUUUCUUUUGAUUUGUAUAUCGAAAAAAAACAAACCAAUGUAAAAAGUAUACUAAAUAGUUUCAGAAACCCAUUUUGAGAUUCAGAUUUUAUCACAAUGUGAGGAUUUCUGCAGGGUGCAGAUUAAAAAUUGUAUAAAAAACAAAACAAAGUUCUUACUAUAUUUGUUAAAAAAUGAUCAUGCUAAGAUGAAGUCUUUUAUUGCAGCUUUUUUAGAAGCUUUAACUUACUAUCAGUGUUGGGGCAAUUUAAUGAUGCCGAAAGGAGCAAAAGACACUGAAAGACAAAUAAGGCCACAUCCCAUUUUGAGUUCAAGAGUAAGACAUUCUUGCGUAAUCAUGAAUGAGACACUUAUGUCGUUACUCUUCUUGAUAUUUUAUUUUCAACGUGUUUUGUACCUUCCUAUUACAAGAGAUCAUUCAGAGACUAGAUUGGUUCAUGAUUUUUUCUACAGGGCACCUUUUAAUGAAACUUUUUCUACAGGGUGCUUACAUACUUGUGUUUUCUCACUUUGCGUAUGAGUAGCUGACAUCCUACUUGAUAUGAUAAGGUGUUGUAGGCCCUCCCCUCUCCAUGAUAUUCCUUACAUUGUUGAUGCAAAUAUAAUAGUAUAAAAAAAAAAUCAUAUCAGAGUUUUUAAAAUAAUGGUGAAGCUCAGUGGUGAUUCACGUUUUCAGCUGUUUUUUUUAAAGAGGGAACUGUUAAAGGGGAGAUGUUAGUCAUUAAUGAGUACAUGCAUGAAUAUACUGUAUACGUGUUGGGUGUUCCUGACUUUGCUUCACAUCUUAUGAUUGGUCACUGGAGGUGAUGUCCCAGGUGAUCUAGUCCAGAAAUGUUUUCACAUAAAAAAUAAAAUAAAGAUUUUAAAGGAUAUUAAUCAGUUAGAUGGCCUUGAGACAAAUCUCAAAUUCUGUAUAGUGCUGCGUUUUUGUUUUGUUUUUUUGUUUUUUGACAACAAUGCAAAUCAGAAUCGCUGAGGAUUUUGAAGCCUUUUGUAUUCUGGACUGUAGAAGUGUCCAGCAAAGCACCUUAUUCUGCAGUCCUCAAGCAAAAAAACAAACAAACAAAAAAAAAAGGGGCCAUUUUUUUUUUUUUUGGCUUAAUUUGUAUUGUGGACUGAUUACUUGUAAUGUAAAUCCUGUUUAAUCAAAGUACAAUUUGCUUGCAGAACUCCCCUGAUAGUGAUGGCUUCUAAGUGCCAACGUACCCCAUCACAUUGGGACUUCUGUGAGUUUGCUGGCACAGUAAAAAUUACCGAAAACAAAUGGCGUAUUUCUACAAAAACAUUCCAUGGUGGGAAAAAAAAGAAAACGGCACAUCAUCACAGAUAGAUGUCACACUUUUUUCUUCAUGCUUUUUACGGUCACAGACUUGGAAAUUUCCUUCAUCUUACUUUGAAUGCAUAAUUUAGUAUUCCAAAAGCUGAGCUGAAUGUUGUUGAUAUUAAUUCUAUUCAAUAUAAAAGUGAUAUAUAUGUAUAUUUAUCAUGAUUCUGCAUACAGUUUAAUUUGCAUUUGGUUUGUUGUAGCACCCUCUUGCUGUACUGUAUCUUGACACUGGGACUCUGUAGAUCAAAACUCCACUGCUGUCUGUUAAAUAGAUAAGAUAUAUUAGUGCUAUCAGUCUUCAUUUUGUUCUGGUGUAAUGAAAAAUGUUUUGUUUGAAAAUGGGGGUGAUUAUUCUAUUAGUAGUUUUUUGUGUGUGUGAAGAGGUAACAUUUAUUUUAUGUAAGGUUUUUUUUUUACAUUCAUCAGAAAGCUUUGCAAGUAAGCAAUAAUGGAAUAAUUUCUCAGCUUAUAAUUACCAAUAACAACAUAGUCCCAUUUGAUUUACGUAGUAUCCAUUAAUUCACAUGACCAAUUACAGGCAUGAAACAGUUCAUAUACCAUUAUCUAAAAUGUAAUUGCUAAUUAGAGAGCACAUUAAGUAUUGAAAGCAGGGGACCUACAACCUCGACUCUCAGGUCACGCCUUGCACCAAAGUUAAUGGGACAGCUGUGAUUACGUCUAAUGUGGACGAGAGUCGGCUACAAAAAUGGCACCCGGUAAAGACCAAGUCAUAACCAAUUCUGUGCUUUUAUAUUAAAUUAAUUUGUCAAGAGCCAAAAACAGUUCUGUUACUGUUUUAUCAGGCCUAGGUUGAUUUCUGGUGUGCAGUUCAUUUUGAAAAUGUGUUGUUUCUCCGUAAAUGUUUGGCACAAAAAUAAAGGUCACAAUCACA